AUGAAGCCUCUCUUCAUUGUGUUUGUGUUUCUCUUCUUUUGGGAUACAGCGCUGGCAGGCUUGAAUCCACUAUCAUCAGAAUUACACAAGAGAUGUUAUAAAAAUGGUAUCUGCAGACUUGAGUGCUACGAAAGUGAAAUGUUAGUUGCCUACUGUACGUUUCAGCUGGAGUGCUGUAUCAGAGGAAACCCUGAGCCCUGA